AGAUAUACAUUUGGUGGUUAAUUUUUGACAUAUACUGAAAUGGCUGAUACAUGUGAAUCUUUCCCCCCCUACUUCGAAGUGCAAGCGGCAUCAGGUGGAGAACCAGCUUUUGCUUAUCAUAUGUAUUUACAUAUAUGGAAUGGCAAAAGACCCGAAGUUUAUACAAAAAAUAUAUAUUCCGAGGCCGGUUGGGAUCUGAAUACUAAAUACUUGUGUCAAUGCAAGUAUAGAAAACGAUUGUCGGGACUUACAAGCGUCACUAGAUCUGGGACUUGAGCAGGUUCUUCAAAGAUGCUGUUGCAGAUUAGGGCCCUACACAUAGAUUACUUGGUCAUUUUGAUAUGCCUUCUACUAGGCAAAAGUAAUGCAAAUUAUUUGAAUGGGCGCAGUCGCGACUACGCUGGAGAAAGUAGUAGUGCCGGUAAAGACGUUGGAACAGUGGCAGUUGGAGAAGUUUUCGUCCCGAAAACAUUUCCACUCGGUUCCCAGGAGCCGACAUGCGAGGAGUUACGCGCCAUGUGGAUAUUUUCUAAACGACAAUCUCGAGCUGCAGAAAUAACCAAUGAAAUACCCACCUAUCGAGACCCCUUCACGUACAAUGUUUGGGAACCACUUUAUUCCAAUUCUCGUAUGCUUGGCUCGUUUCGAAUGGGGGCAAGAGAACGGGCGCGUUCACCUGUGUUUGGUCGUGUGGUGAGCCGCGAGCCCGUAAUGCCCUCACGAGUAUCUUUCGAACACCGUCAGCGGCUUGUAGAUCCCGCAGGGCCCACUAAUCCUGGUUUGGCAUCGUCUAAUCAAGCUCGUUUGUAUGGUUCGGAAACUCGGCCACAAAAUGGACUUACUGUUUCCUCGUCGGCCCGCAGAGCAAGCAAAAACAGAUAUAUGGGGGUACCAGCUGCAAAUAUGCAAGGGAGUGGUGGAAACACUGGUGGGAACCAAAACUCUGUAGCUGUUCAAGGAAGCUUUCAAAAGCUAAAAGAGCUGAUUUGGACUGAAAGGGCAAAGGAGUUAACACAGCAAAGACGAGAUGAAGAAAUGGCUGCACGCGUGGCCGUACUUAAGGAAAUCGCCAAUGGACAAAACUCCAUUUACAGUAUUCAACCGGCAUACAAAUCUCAGCCUACGUUCAAUACACAAUCGGAUUCAAUACUUGUAGAUGACGAGAAUCGCAGCCCAGAUGGAAGUGGUCAUGAUUAUGCUGACAUUGGUCGAGCUCGAAAGCCGAUACCAAGUGAGCAAAUGCCCAACAACAAAAACGUAAAUAGCCAGAAUAAUGUCCGGGCGUCUACUCGCCGUAUUGGCCACUCGUUGGCUGCCCAUAAUAGUGGCGGCAAACAGAUCCCAAAGGAGGGCAUAUUCUCGUCGAACUCAGGUCGGUCUGCUAGAAUUAGAAUUCCAGCUACUGAAGAGUACUCAGGCGAUCUGCUUGAAAAGGAUCAAGAUCAAACUGUAAUCGGCAUACCUAGAACAUAUCCGAUUCGACAAUCUCAUUUUAGAGAAAGAAAUCGUUCACUUUUCAAACAGUUUUCUCCAAGCAAUCAGUUUCAGCGCAAUACAAGGGGUCAACCUACAAGUGUGGAUGAACCAGCAUCCCAAUCACAAAACGUAAAAACAAAAUAUUAUGUACAUCAGCGACCUCCACUUCCCAUCGAAAACAGAUUGAUUCCAAGCAACUUAUUUUAUUUCAAAAACUUUAAUGGUCUGGGUUUGGCGAACGCAGAUUUUGAGCAAUCGCCUGUCCCUUUGAUGUCUUCAGAUCGAGAACAAGAUCCAAAAACUGAUCAUUAUGGAGUCGAUGUUGAAUUGCAAGACGAUCAUGAAUAUUAAUUCAACGGUCCAUAUAAAAUCUCAACCCCAAUCAAAAUCCAGAUCCGAUGUACGUAAUAAUUGCCAAAGCAUUUACUGUGCAUGUGUGAAAUUUAAAAUAUCCGUAUAUGUAUAUCACCGGAAAUAACGGAAGUAAUUGUUCGAGACUAUCAUAUCUACCGCUCUAAUUUUUUAUCAGGGAAUUCUUCCAAUGUUCAACAAAAAAAAAAAACAGUACACGUAAAGAAAACUUUUAUGGGAAAAUAAUCGAAAUGGUUGUCAAUUUAAACAAAAGUUUGAACUGCGGAGAAUAUAUAUAGAGCGAAGCUUAAACAGGUCGUUAUUGUCAUAUCUAAUCCUAGUGAAUGUAUAUUAUAUAUUUUGUUAUGAUAAGAUUGCACAUACCAUAUCUGAUUGAAACCAGGAGUGCAGAGCUCGAAUUCAUGGGUAGAAUUAUUGGCAUUAAUUUGAUUAUACCAUUUAAAAAUGGAAUACAAAGGAUUUCCCAGACUUUCCUUAAAGGUUCGGAAUACUUGGAUGGCUUCAUCCGUUUGAAAAUUUGAAAUUAUACCACUUAUUUCCUGUACUACCAAUGUACCUAUUACUAUCCGAUAAAAACACAAGGAUUCACUCAUAUCAACAAACUAGUUAGUCAAAAACCUCACCAAUAAAUACGCGGGAUUUUAAAGUCCCGUUAUCACAGCUAAAAA